AUGCGUUCCUUUUUUAUCAUCUUCGAUCGCGAUCUCGACUGUGUUGUUAACAAAUCAGAUUUUGUAGACUGGGUCGAAGAAAGAGCGAAAAAAUACAUGAGCAAGGAAAAGGCAGAAGUCUUUUGCAAUCUCUGGGAUAAGGAAUGGGACAUGUUUUGCGGUGGUGCCCAGAAAGAAAAGGAAAACAUCAACGAAAUGGUGAAAGCACAUCAAAAGUAUCUCCAAGACCCCCACUACCACGAAAAAACCGAGAAGUGGCUGUCGGCUUGCUUUGACGGCGUGGAUGCCAACAGCGACGGUAUGGUAACCAUGGAUGAAUAUGCCGUUUUCCUCGAAUGUUUUGGAGUCCAUCCACUCUCUGUUUGCCCGUCAUUUGAAGCUCUAGAUGCCAAUCACGACGGUCUGAUCAGUAGAGAGGAAUUUGUCAAUGCCGGCAGAGACUUUUUCCAGCACACCGACGACACGCCUGCAAAAUUGUUUUGGGGACCGUUCUUGGCAUAG